CACAGACCACACUUUCGUAUCAGUCCACCAUCUCCACUCCUUUCACAUCUCGAUCAAUGGCGGCUUCACUCACUACCCUGUCAAACGUCGGCUCGCUCUCGAGUCCACGGAGCGUCGCUCAGAUCAAGGCUCUCGGCCCCACCUGUAACGCUGUGAAGCUUCCAAGAUCUCCGUUCCCUUCGAAUGUUUCGUCUUCGUCGUCGUCGAGCUUCGUCUCUGGCUCGUUUCGUCUGGUGCCUCUCACAUCUUCGUUGAAUCCUUGUUCUCGGAGAAGAACUGGUCUUCUUAGUUCGCUUAGAGCCUCUGCGCAGGAAGCACCAUUACAAUCAAAAGUAACACAAAAGGUAUAUUUUGAUAUAAGCAUUGGAAACCCAGUUGGGAAGGUCGUUGGACGGAUUGUGAUUGGAUUAUUUGGUGAUGAUGUGCCUCAAACAGCAGAGAACUUCCGUGCGCUUUGCACAGGAGAAAAGGGCUUUGGAUAUAAAGGUUCUACAUUCCAUCGGGUCAUCAAGGAUUUCAUGAUUCAGGGUGGAGACUUUGACAAAGGAAAUGGAACUGGAGGUAAAAGUAUAUAUGGCCGCACAUUUAAAGAUGAGAACUUCAAGUUGGCUCAUGUUGGACCUGGAGUUCUUAGUAUGGCAAAUGCUGGCCCUAACACCAAUGGCAGCCAAUUUUUCAUAUGCACUGUCAAGACCCCAUGGCUGGACCAGAGGCAUGUAGUUUUCGGGCAAGUUUUGGAAGGCAUGGAUAUUGUUAAGCUGGUAGAGUCCCAAGAGACUGACAGAGGAGACCGCCCUAGAAAGAAGGUGGUUAUCAGCGAAUGUGGUGAACUGCCAAUGGUCUGACCAAAGCUAUCAUCAUUUCUAGAUGUUCCUAUCCACCUCCUUCUCCCUUUUGAAACUUCAGCUUCUCCGGCUAGUGUAUCCUACCCUAUUUAGAGGGCUUUUGUUCCAACCAGGUCCAAUCCAACCCCCAGAUUUUUGGGUUUUUUAUUUAAUCUUCCUCAGGAUAAAAAAAUUGGUAUCUGGGAGCUAUAGCUAGGCUAAAAAAACUCUAUAUUAGAGAAUGCUGGAAGAGGAGCUUCCCUAAAAAUUUUCCAACAUUUUGAAUGAAAUGUAGACAAUAAUGACCAUUGCUUCCAUAAAACAUUUUAACUAAAAUGGAUGGUAUCAAUCACCAUUGAAGUGUGUUUUGGUUGGUGUUUUCCCCUUUCA